GUGCUUUUUAUAUCGAAAAAAAAAUGCGUCGCGUUGAGUUGAUUUUCUUCCUCUUGUGUUGGAGAGCACAAACAAUGAAAACAACAUUUUCAAGAAUCUAAUGCGAGUGUAAACACACAUAUAGAGGCAGUGCUGAGCGACAGAGCGAGAAACGCAAUCCAAUUCGUGGAGGCAACACACAUCUUAGCGAAAACGAAACCAUAUUUAUUUUUUUUUCAUUUUUUGUCUCUUCAUUUUCUCUCGAUGAACAUCAUCACGCCAAAACGAAAGGAAAAAUACGGAGUGAAUUAAAGAGAAAAAAAUCCAAACAAAACCAAAGUGCAUGAAUAAAAUAAACAGGAUAUGUGGUGAGCAAAGAAAAAAAAAUAUAUUAGUGCAACCAAAAUAGUGAGCUUAUUUCCGUGUAUGAGUUUAGUGUGUAUGUGACGAAAUUAGAUUUGUCGAUGUGAGCGGACUAUCAUUUGGCCACAAAUCGCCACAAAGAGAGAAUAGCAAAUAAAACUAAAAGCGAAAUGUUUUUGUGAGUCAAGAUUUCCUGUAGUAAAUCAUCGAACCGAUACUCAAGUUCAAACUGGCUAAAAAAGAUGUCAUAAAUUCAUUUGUGAGAGAUAAAAGAGAACCAACACAAUUUUUUUUUUACCAACAAAUACACAUUUUUCACAACAUACAAGCGACACACAGAGAUAAAGAGAGAGAAAUUUGAUAGUGACGCGUUGAUGGGGUUUUUUUUUCUUCUUCUUCUCUGUUCGCGUGUAUGAAACUAUUCAAUUUCGAUUUCGAUUGAUGUACUUCAACGCAACGAUUCUAGUUCGCAAAGCAAAAAAAAAAACGCACACAUAAGAAGCAAAACUUUAGAAGGUGAAAUAAAAACAUCGACAAUUGAAACACAAAAUAAAAUUCAUAAUCAUCGUGGAUUGUGUAAACUGGUCAUUCGAAAGAAAUAUUGUGUAAACACGAUAGAGAGAGAGACAAUCAAAUGCUGCAUUGCACAUUGCGUACCGAGGUCGAAAACUCUGUGACUAUUUUCUGUGCGGUGUUUGUGUCCAAGAAAGAGAAUUCGGUUGUGUUUUUUUUUCUCGUAUGACAUAAGACCAAGAAAAUAUGAAACAGAAGCACAAGUGCAUGCGGUACAUUUGGUAUAAAGAACAAAACAGCACACAAUUCCAGCGUUGAACCUUGAGAAGAUUUCUAAAGAGGUCUAUUAGCUAGAGAGCAGAAAAAAAUUAACAAUAAUAAAAGAGUUUUGAUUCGAUUUCAUUCUAUAAACAUUUUUUUUUCUGUCUAUCGAGCAGCACGCAAAUUAUGCUGCAGCAGUAGCAGUAGCAGCAGCAGUAGCAGCAACGGCAGCUUAGAGAGCUUAGAAGCUAAGAAUUUGUAUUAACUAAAUUACAAUGGUUUUUUCGUAUGAUUCAAAUGAAAUAUUUCACAAGUGAUGAUGAAACAAAGUGAACGCGCGUGAGUGUCUAGUGACCGAGAACUAUGUAAGCAAACGUUUUUGUGUAUUCGCAAAUUCAGUGCCAUUUUUUUUCGUUGUUGUUGUUUCUUACAAAGAGUGAAAGAGAGUAACAAAUAUCAAUUAACGUAACGUGAAUAAGGAAAGAAAGAAAGAAAAAAGUACGUAACCACAGUGUUCCUCGAUUUGUUACAAAGAAGCAGAAAAAAUAAUAAUAAGAAAAGUAUUAUAACAAGGAGAAGUCAAAGAAGACAAGAGUCUCAAUUCGCGUGUGUGUCUUAGUGUUUCGUUUUUUAUUUUAUUUUUUUAUUUACUCUUGUGUUCCUGUGCCGUUUUCUCGAUACACGAUUUAUAUCUGUUGUUACGUAUCAUUACCGAAAAAAAAAUUGUUCAUCGUCUUGAAAACAACAUAAGCAACAAAAAGAGCAUUCAACAGCAACAGCAGCAGCAGAAGAACCACCAACAAGUGCAUAUACAUACAGAAUACGCUCCCAGUGAGUGCAACAAGCCAACUGACAAGAAGUUCCGAAUUUCAAGUGCAGUGCGCAUUGGAUCCCAUACAACAAUCAACAACGGCACACAUCAACAAUAUGGUGAAAGGCACGGACGGCACAGAGUCUCCCAUUCUGGCUGAUCCAGAAGCAGAAGGACGCUCUGACAAGCCCAAAGUCAAAUAUGGAGAGUUAGUGAUAUUAGGAUAUAAUGGAUUUCUGCCACAAGGAGACAAAGGCCGUCGACGUUCAAAAUUUGUACUAUACAAACGAGCUGAAGCGAAUGGUGUGAGACGAUCUAGGCACUAUAUAGUUCAAUCACCUCAAACAUCAAAGGCAAUUUUGGAUGCGAAUCAACACUCGAUAUCGUACACAUUGUCACGAAAUCAUGCGGUUAUCGUGGAAUACAAAGAAGAUGCUGACACAGACAUGUUCCAGAUUGGACGCUCGUCGGAAGCACCAAUUGAUUUCGUUGUCAUGGAUACAUUGCCAGGUGAUAAGAAGGAUGCCCGAGUAAUGCAGAGCACAAUAUCGCGGUUUGCAUGCCGUAUCUUAGUUGACCGAAGUGAACCAGCUAAAGCACGCAUUUAUGCAGCCGGAUUCGAUUCAAGUAGAAACAUAUUCUUAGGGGAAAAAGCAACUAAAUGGCAAGACAAUGUGGAAAUAGACGGUUUAACAACAAACGGGAUAUUGAUAAUGCAUCCGAAAGGUCAAUUUGUUGGCGGCAACACGGAAAAUCCAGGAACAACACCAUGGCGCGAGUGUUCGGUCGGUGGUGAUGUGUUUGGUUUACGAGAAUCAAGAUCUGCACAACAAAAAGGCGAACCUAUCUACGGCGAAACAAACAUUUUACAGGACGGUACAUUGAUCGAUUUAUGCGGUGCAACAUUGUUGUGGCGGUCAUCUGAAGGAUUAAAGAACUCACCGAUGAAACGUGAUUUAGAGAAGCUUGUAGAUAAAAUUAAUGAGGGCCGACCUCAAUGUCCAGUUGGGUUGAAUACGCUUGUGAUACCACGAAAAGUAACAUUAAGUGAACACAUUAAUCAGCCUUACGUUUAUUUAAAUUGUGGUCAUGUUCAAGGAAAUCACGAUUGGGGUCAAGAUAAAUCGACCGGUGCAAGAAGAUGUCCGAUGUGCUUGGAACAAGGUGCCGUGGUGACAUUGUGCAUGGGUUGCGAACCAGCAUUUUAUGUGGACUUUGGUCCACCCACAUAUGCGUUUAAUCCAUGUGGUCACAUGGCUACGGAAAAAACAGUCAAAUAUUGGGCAAACGUCGAUAUACCGCACGGAACAAUGGGUUUUCAAGCAGUUUGUCCAUUUUGUGCAACGCCAUUGGACGGCAGUCCUGGAUACAUAAAGUUAAUAUUUCAAGAUAAUUUAGAUUAAGAGGCUACUGAAUUGUAAUGGAAUUAUUGUUUUUUUUUGGAAUCGAUUUUUUUUUUCGUUCAUAUUCAAGUUUAGUUUGUACGUUCUUAGGUUAUAUCAAUUAUGAUUGGUUUGUGCAUCGUUUUUAAGUUUAACCAUUUAGAAAAAAAGAUGAAAACAGAAAGAAGAAACUACAACAAACUGAUUCGGAUGAACUGAACUGAGCCGAUCGACACAUAUACACGAAAUCCAUGAACUUACGAAAGAUAAAUGUAUCGAAUUUAAGAAAAUGAUCACACAAUCCAUCCUUUUCUUUCGUUAUUUCUGUCGUUCAUUGGAAAUUUCUGUUCUAUUCCAAAUAGCCGUAUCCAAAGUACAUUAGAACCGCUUGUAUGUGUUUUUGGAAUCGGACUGGUGAUGCAAUUACCCCUUUCAAAGAAGAAUGCAUUGACAUUCGGCUAGAAAAAGGGCGCAAAUCUAAUGAACGAAAAGAAGAAAAAAACAAAUCCAAAAAAGUAUUUAAAUAAUGACAUUUUUGUGUUACAAGUUUCGUUGCAUUCAUAUGAAUCUUUGUUAGUUGUGGAUUUUCUUUAUGCAUUAAACAAAAAAAUUAUUAUUAUUAUUAUUAUUAUUAUUAUUACGUCGCAUUUCUUAUAAAUGAGCAUAAAUGUGAAUUAAUUCGAAGUAAAAUGAAGAAAGAAAGAACUAA